AUGCUGCUGCUGCUGCUCCUCCUGGUGCUGCUGGGCCCUGCCGGCUGCCCCCGCACGGAGCCCCUGAGUGGGUCCAGCCCGGAGCCGCUGUUCCGCGGGGCCGAUCGCUACGACUUCGCCGUCGUUGUCCCCGGCGGCGCCGUGGAGUGUUUCUGGCAGUUCUCGCACCAGGGCAGCAACUUCUUCUUCAGCUACGAGGUCCAGCGGGCGACAGGGAUCGGCAACAGCAGGAACAUCCUGGUCACAGCGAGUGACCCCAAUGGCUUCCAGCUUGGUGUCUCCCAGGAUGUGCGAGGACAGAUCAACUUUGUCACCAAGGACACAGGCUUCUAUGAGUUGUGCCUGAACAACCAGCAAAACCACUUCGGCUUCCUGCAAGUGUAUCUGAACUUUGGUGUCUACUAUGAUGACUUCAACAUGGAACACAAGCAGCCUGUGGAGAAGAAGGAGCUGAAUGACACACUGGAGGCAAUCAAGAUCAGCAUCCAGAGGCUGCAGAUCCACACCUUCCACAUGUGGCGCUUCUACAACUUUGCCCAGAUGAGGAAAGGGGCUGACUCCUUCCUCCUGGAGUCCAACUACAACUAUGUCAACUGGUGGUCGAUGGCCCAGAGCUGUGUCAUUGUUGUCUCCGGGGUGCUGCAGCUCUACUUCCUCAAGCGCCUUUUCCAUGCACAAACCUCUGGCACCCAGAAGUGCUAGAUCAGGGCAGGGCUAUGGCUGCCAGUGCCUGGUGACUCUGCUGUGGAAGGGGAGGGAAGGCCAGAUCCUGCUUCCAGGAGGAGGUUGGAGAGUUCCCCUCCCUUCUGCCUCCAGCUGUAGCCCUGAAAUCACCCCCAGAGAAGCCAAGCACCACACUGUCACCUGAGAUUUGUGUGGCAGAAGGGUUUGUCACAUCCCUGCCCAUCAUUAGUGUCCCAAUGGGCUUUUUUUACCAGACUCCCAAUAAAGGAACGCCUGGCACACCCUGGGGAGUGAUCACUGUCUGUUGCUGCUGUCCAGCUUCUGUGAGCCCAGGAGCAAUCGCCUGC